AUGAAGUUCAUGAAGUGCACCAUGGAACCUGCGGUAUAUCAAAAGAAAGAGAAGGGGGAGCUUCUGAUCAUAGCUAUAUACGUUGAUGACUUGUUUGUAACAGGGUCUUCACUCAACGUUAUCAAGCAAUUCAAAGAUGAUAUGUCAAGAAGAUUUGAGAUGUCAGACCUCGGGAAGCUUACAUACUAUCUUGGUAUAAAAGUAACGCAAGGAGCUGAUGGCAUUCACAUCAAACAAGAAGGAUACGCGCAAGAGGAGGAGCCUGAGAUUGAUGCAACAUCGUUUCGAAGCACCAUAGGAUGCUUAAGAUAUCUUCUUCAUAGACGACUGGACUUGGCAUUUUCGGUUGGUGUAUUAAGCAGAUAUAUGCAGAGUCCAAGAGAGAGUUAUGGAGAAGCAGUGAAGCAUCUGCUACGAUACACAAAGGGCACUAUAAAGUAUGGUCUCUUCUUCAAACAGGAUGGAACAACGGAGAUUACAGGUUACAGUGACAGCAGCCAUAACAUAGACGUUGAUGAUGGAAGAAGCACUACAGGGUUUAUGUUCUACCUAGGAACAUCGCCGAUCACGUGUACAUCGUGCAAGCAACCCACAGUGGCACUCUCUUCAUGUGAGGCGGAGUUCAUGGCAGCUACGGAAGCUGCAAAACAAGCAAUAUGGUUAAAGGAGUUGAUGGUCGAGAUCAUGAACAAAGAAGACAAGAAGGUCGUGUUGAAGAUUGACAACAAGUCAGCGAUAGCCCUCACCAAGACCCGGUGUUUCACGGUAGAAGCAAACACAUACUCUCGAAGUACCAUUUCAUUCGAGAAUGUGUGGAGUUCGACUUGA